CCGUCAGUCUUAGUUCAGCCUUACUGCUCGUCGCUUCAGUGAUCGUCGUGAAAUUAGAAACUGAUUUUGUCACAUUCGUUCGAGAUCGAGUAUCCAAACAAGUCAUAAUGAAGUUCUACCUGUUGGUGAUCGCUGCCGUGUCGUUUUUGACGUACAUCAGUUGUGGCCUGGCCAAGACUCAAUCGAACCGCUCCGUUCCCCUCGCUCAAUUCGCAGAUGGCUGCAUCCAGUGCAACUCCAAGGACAACGAACGCUGCGCCACCGAUCCGCUGAGCCUGCUGAACCGAAACUGCUCCGAUGGAACCUCCAACUGCUACUCCCGCGUCCUGAAUGGCUACACAAUUCGUGGAUGCGCCGUCGACCUGGACAACGCCACCCGGAACGCGUGCACAAACGAGCUGGAGUGCCAGUUGUGCACCUACACCGAGGGCUGCAACCGGAACACCUUCCCGCUGACCCGGCUGCAGUGCCUCCAGUGCUCCGGCAACUCGACGAGCUCCAGCUGCGCCACGGAGACCUAUGCGACGGCCAAGAUCUGCCCGCUCUACAAGUUCGGUGACCAGUGCUACAUCCGCAACAGCAACCGCACCGCGGACGGGACCUUCCAGCGCGGAUGCCUCUCCUCGGCCACCGCCAACAAGCAGUGCGUGAAGGCCGGCAACUGCUUCGUCUGCGACGGACGCGCCUGCAACUUUCUGCACGCCAACGACACCCAGAUUCCCCUGGCCCGCGACUCCGGCGUCCAGGUGACCCUGUCCGUGUUCCUAAUGAUCGGCGGACUCCUGGCCGCCUGGAGGCUCUAAAGAGCCAUGUCCCAAUGGAUGAAGUCAGUCCUACCACCUUCCCCAUCUUAAGCAUCAUCUUCUCCCUUCAGCUGCAUUUUAUCUGAUAAAUGUAAUCUUUUUUUUAUAAUUUUGCCUUGAACAAAAAUAAAAGUUACAAAUUAAAUGCGGCAAAUAA